UAACACUGAGGACGCCAGAAUUGAAUAUUUACCGUUUUUCUAGAAUUAAGUGAAUUAUUUAACCUUUGUUUUGCUCAAGUGAUGACGGAGCUCAGGGACGAGACGCCGAUUUUCCACAAGGGCGAGAUAGUCCUUUGCUACGAGCCGGAUAAAUCGAAAGCUCGAGUGCUUUACACCAGCAAGGUCCUAAACGUCUUCGAGCGCCGCAACGAACAUGGCCUGAGGUACUACGACUACAAGAUCCACUUCCAGGGCUGGCGGCCCUCCUACGAUCGCUGCGUUCGCGCCCCCGUCCUGGUGAAGGACACCGAGGAGAACCGCCAGUUGCAGCGCGAGUUGGCCGAAGCGGCUCAGCUGCAGAUCCGUGGCGACUACUCCUACAAGGGCACGCCCGACAAGCCGCUGGCCAAGAAGAAGCGCGGCGGACGCGGAGGCGCGGCCCACGUGGAGGAUCCCCUGGUGGACCCACUGGACACGGGACACCCGACCGCCGAGCACGAGAUGCCGCCCACCCAGCGCUCGGCUGGCAAUCGGACGCGGGACAACAGCGGCGGCAACCGAAAGGAGAAGGCCAAUCCCGCCGACGGACGACUAAAGGCCAACCGGGGACGCCACACGGAGGUUGUGCAUCACAACGAGCCGCUGGCGGAUCCUGCCGCCGAUCGAUUUGUGCCCCAGGAGGAUCGCAUCAUGAUGCGCGUCAGCGAGCGGCUGCGCGAGCUAAUUGAGUACGAUCGGAACAUGGUCAAGAUACUGGGCAAACAGCACGCCCUGCCCGCUCGCGUGCCCAUCGUCACAAUCAUGGAGAACUUCAUCAAGCAGCGGGCCGUGGAGCUGGCCAUUGGCAUCAAGCAGGACAGCUCGCGGGCCAGGAACACGCAGAGCCGCAAUGCCCGCAUGGAGCGGGAAUACGAUCGCGUGAUGUCCAACGUCUGCAUGCUCAAGGAGGUGGUGGAUGGGCUGCGCAUCUACUUCGAGUUCCACCUGGACGAUCACCUGCUGUACAAGGAGGAGAAGGAGUACAUCCACAACUAUCUCACCGACGACAACAUGCGCAACUGCAGUUUGAUCCUGAACAAGUCGUACGACUUUAUCAAUCCGAGUGGCGAAUCGGAACUGAUCUCGUUGGACGGCACGCCAGUGGGCGGGGGACCGGGCAAGACCAACGGGCAGAUCGAAGGCGGCAUUCUUGGGGGCACAGAGUACGAGAAGCAGUUGCAGAAGUGCCUGCUGUACAUCGUCACCAGCAGCGGAAAGAAUACGGCACAGGCCUAUGACCGCUCGUCGCCGUACACGGCUGCCUACAAACUGCCCACCGAGAUGCGCGAGUAUCUCCACGAAACAUUCCAGUGGCGUCUUCUCUCGGCGGAAUCUCCGCCCGAAAAGUCCAUGGUCUUUGGUGCUCCCCAUUUGGCUAGACUGAUGAUAAAAAUGCCCAUGUUCUUGAACGCCUCGCCAAUUAGCAAUAAGAAGCUGGAGGAUCUGCUGCCCCACCUCGACAGCUUUAUCAACUACCUAGAGAACCACAGGGAGUGGUUCGACAAGGAGAACUAUGCAAAUCCCACCGCCGUGGCCCAGGACACCUUGCAGCGGGAGCUGCUGGAAUCCCUGGAUGGCAUAGCUGCUUAGGCUUAGCUGAUCGUAGUUAUCUAGUUUAUUUAUUAUGAAGAUUAAAGCUUAUGUUCUUUUAUUUUAACGAUUUGUAA